AUGGAGGAGACCAGUAAUAGAGAGGUGAAUCCGGAAAUCAAGGUAAUCGAUGAUGGACAAGAGCCAAGUAAAAGUAAAAGUGAAAGUGAAACGAUCAUCAAGGUAGAAGAGUUGUUCACACCUCGAAUACCGAGAGUUCCACCGAUGAUGAGAAACCAUGAAAAUAACAAGGGAAUGUUUGAUCCAAAAAGGGUUUCUAUAGGUCCAUACCACCAUGGCAAAGAGGAUCUCCAGCUUGUAGAGAACAUCAAGCCUAUGGUAGCAACACUGUUUCUACAAGAUAGCGGCAAGAACAUGGAUGAGGUCUACAGCAUGAUUCUUGAAAAGGUUGAUGAUGCUAGAAGCUACUAUGUUAAACGUUCAAUCGCUGAAUACAAUCGUAAGCAAUUUGCAAAAAUGAUGCUCUUGGAUGGUUGUUUCAUUCUAGCUAUAAUUGAGGACUUCCUCUCUUCUUAUUCUUCUCAUGCCUGUCGAGAAUCAAAGUAUGAUGAUGUUAAAAAUCAUCUAGGCACUUUUCUUUGGUUUUCAACAGUUCAAGAUAUAUUUUACUUGGUUGAGAAUCAGCUCCCAUUUCAAGUUCUUGAGUUGCUAAUGAGCUUAAAAUUCAAAGAAGAUGACCACGAUGAGGGGAUGAAAUCCAUCCACAAGUUAUUGAAUUUUUUGAUUUCUAAAGACACUAGACAUAUUGACGAUGAGGAGAAAGUUGAUGUCAACGAAACUGACAGGGAAUCGUUUCAUCUCCUUCAAUUGGCGCGGACAAAGUAUCUCAAUCUCAACAAAUCUGUUCACGUACUCGAAUCUCAAAUGGGCACAAAGAAGGAGAAAGACAAAUUCCAAUGUAAGCAGUGCCUUAAGGAUUACAUUCGGUACUUAUUUUGUUUUCUCAAGAAAGUCAAAUUCCGGUGUAUGCGCCUUAAGAUGUUACGUUUUGUCAAGAAACUCAAAUCUUCCAAACCUGAGUAUAACCUGAUGGGAGAUGUUCGCCCAUUUCGUUCAGUUACUGAGCUCAAAGCAAAAGGGAUAUACCUUACGCCUAACAGUUCUUUAUCUCUUGAGGCUAUUGAGUUCAAAUCUUUUUGCUUCUAUGGCCGUCUUGAACUUCAUCCUUUCAUGAUUACUAGAGAGACCAAACUAUUUUACUCAAACAUGCUUGCUUAUGAAAUGGUUUCAAGCUCUAUGUGUGAGGAGGACCCUGUCAUUACCGAUUACAUUAAUUUCAUGCGAUCACUGAUUGACAACCAGGAUGAUGUGAAAGAGUUGCGGUCAAAGCAUAUACUAUUCAACAAUCUUGGCAGUGAUCAAGAAGUGGCUAAUGUUUUCAAAGAGCUUAUCACUUUUGGAUCUUCGUUUGGUGCAUACAGGCAUGCCAAGGAAGGGAUUCAGAAUCACUAUAGCAGCACCGCCAAAACUUGGAUGGCCGAACUUAUUAACAAAUAUUUUAGCGGACCAUGGACAGCCAUUGCUUUCGUUGCUGCAGCUUGUCUAUUUGUCUUGGCUUUUCUCCAGACUUACUACACUAUCUCCCCUCACUCAUCCCAUAAAUAA